AAUGAACACGCAGGUUUCGCCAAAAGAUGUUGAAGAAUCAAGAACUUUGCCUUGCGGGAUUCGCCCUCCUAGCCGUGGUUGGGCUUUCCCAAGCAGCUCCUUCGCCCAAUGGCCGCGUGGUAAACGGUACGGAUUCCAGCGUGGAAAAGUAUCCUUUUGUGAUUUCUCUGCGAGGUUCCACCGGCUCGCAUUCCUGCGGAGGUUCCAUCAUUUCUAAGCAGUUUGCUAUGACUGCUGCCCACUGCACUGCCGGACGCUCCGCGGCGUCGCUAUCCAUUCAAUAUGGUGUGACCACCAUAAACGCUACUGGUCCCAAUGUUGUGAAAGUGAAGAAGAUCAUCCAGCAUGAGGACUACAAUCCCAACAACAACUAUGCCAACGACAUCUCCCUGCUGUUGGUGGAGGAGCCCUUCCCCAUUGACGGUAAGACUGUGGCCGCCGUCAAGUUGCCCGAGUUGUCUUUUGCCACGCCCCAAACCGAUGCCGGUGGUGAUGGUGUUCUUAUUGGAUGGGGUCUCAAUGAGACUGGUGGGUACAUUCAGAACACAUUGCAGCAGGUCGAUCUGAAGGUCUACUCGGAUGAGGAAUGCACCACCCGCCACAAUGGAAAGACCGAUCCUAGGUACCACAUUUGCGGCGGAGUGGAUGAGGGCGGCAAGGGUCAGUGCAGCGGUGACUCCGGCGGUCCGCUUAUCUACAAUGGCCAGCAGGUGGGCAUCGUGUCCUGGAGUGUGAAGCCCUGCACCGUGGCUCCCUAUCCGGGUGUCUAUUGCAAGGUCAGCCAGUACGUUGACUGGAUCAAGAAGAACCUGAUUAUUUUGGCUUAGUCAUGGAAUUAUCUUUGACGAUUUAAAAAAUCAGUUAAAUGCAAUAAAUUAAAUUGAUAAAUUGGCAUUUUUAAAA